UGUCCUCAGGUGUGUUUGGACAGUCCACCUCAGUCAUGUCUGUGGUCACAUCCAUCUUGUCUAUAGAUGAGCAGAAGAAGCUGCUCUCUGUCCUCGGUCAUGUCAGACUCCACCUGCUCUACAAAGCCAGCGUCCACGGCUACACUGCUGCUGCUUUCCACAACCGCUGUGACAAACAGGGGCCCACUGUCAUUGUCGCCUACAAUGCUGCUGGGUUCAUCUUCGGGGCCUACACCUCAAAAGACUACACCCAGAGCGGAGAGGGUGUCCGGGACGAGGAGGCCUUCCUCUACAGCAUCAGCGCAGGGGAAGAUAAACCCCUGAGGGUGGCGGGUAUCAGCGGACAGUCUGCUUUUACAGAUGGGGCCACUGGUCCGAAUUAUGGUGCUUUGGUGUUCCUGCAUGAGGACAAACCUGAGAUCCAGUCCAACCCAGGGACAAACUUCACCUUUCAGGCUGCAGCAAUGCAUGGAGAAGACUUGGCACUGACGGAGUUUGAAGUGUUUCGAGUUGAAGGCUUGGGAGAUGUUCUGGCCAAACCCUGGAGGAAUGUACAGUGGACUGCUGAGAGGAAGCAGCAGUUGAUGACGGCUAUUCAGAGCUAUAAGCCUGAUAUUAAAACAGUUGGUGAAGCCCGGGUGUUGUUGGUGGGACCCGUCGGGGCCGGCAAGUCCAGCUUCUUCAACUCCAUCAACUCAGUGUUUCGAGGCAACAUGACAUGCCAGGCCAUUGCUGGUACAGCAGGGAAGAGUGUGACCACUCAGUUCCGCACGUACACCCUCAAGGCAGGGAAACGUGGUGGAGCUGUUCCUCUGAUCCUGUGUGACACAAUGGGGCUGGAGGAGAACGCUGAUGCUGGUUUGGACAGUGAGGACUUAGUCAACAUCUACAAGGGCCACAUUAAAGAUCGCUACCAGUUUAGUCCCUCCACUCCUCUCCAGGCAGACGCUCCUGGCUUUAAGAAGCAAGCAACUCUGAAUGACAGCAUUCACUGUGUUGUUUACGUGAUCGACACCUGUAAGGUCUCGCUCCUCACCCAAAAAAUGCUGGACAAGUUCGCUAGCAUCCGGAAAAAGACCAACCAGCUGGGAAUUCCUCAGAUUCUGCUGAUGACUAAAGUGGACGAAGCCUGUCCUCUGGUGGCAGAAGAUUUAAAGAACGUUUAUCGCAGUGUUUACAUCCAGAGGAAGGCCCGGGAGUUGGGUGAGUCUCUGGGCAUCCCCUUGUCCUGUGUGCUGCCGGUGAAGAACUAUAGCGAGGAGCUGGAGCUGGACCAAGACACUGACAUACUACUCUUGACUGCUGUGGAGCAGAUGCUGAACUAUGCAGAUAGCUUCUUUGAGAACCAAGUCAUUGAGGACCAAUUGGCGAUUGAGCAGCUUGAUCUCUACAGAUCCAAUGAUCUUACCCGUCCAGAUCUAUCAAAACAAACUAAACACAUUGUUUGACCAACAGAACCUCUGCAUUUAUCAAAGUUAAUUUCAAGUUGUUCAGUUAGUUAGUCAAAUAUAGGCUAUUGAAGGAAAUGCAUGGCUGUUUAAAAGAGUAUCCAUAUAGAUGUAAUUGUUAAAUCUACCCGCAGUAUAACAACUGAAGACAAAGGAGUCAUACAGGUUUUACGUGUUAAGUGAUAAGCCUCCUAAUAAUUCAUAAUUUGCAUUACCUGACUCUUGUUACAUUUCAUUUUCAUCUUCAGCAGAGUAACCAGGGCUUCAUGAGCUCCAGAACACAUGAUUCCACAUGAUUCUUUUGUCAACUUUGAGUUUCAGUGAUCCUGAAACAAUAGAAAACUAAAGGAUAGUUCAUACUUUUUGCUGUCAUUUAAGUGACUUGACUCUUAAAACCCUUUCAGUUGUUGUCUAUUUUUUACCACUGUUUUCAUUUUAAUGCACUUAUGUUUCUGAUAAAAUAUGCAUGUACAACUAUAUCCAGUAUUACACUCUACUUUUUUUUUCUUCUUAUUGUCAAUAUAGAAUCGCAAAUGGAAAUAAAUGGACGACUUACUUAAA